UAGCAUUUCAUUAAAAACAGAACUGUUGUGCAUGACACUUGACAGUACAUUCAUUUGUCAGGUGACUCUGUCACUUUGCAAACAACCGCUUGGAUGUCCUCCGCAGGCAGGCGCAUAACCUCUCCCUGGUAAUAGCACGGCAGCCCUGGAAGGAACUCUGGGCUCCACUUUACAAAUGAGGAAACUGACACCCAGCGAGGGGAAGGAACUUGCCUAGGGCCACUAACAAGUACUAAAAGCAGGACUAGAAUGUAAGCCUUGUAAAUCCCCUCAGGACCCUCCCCCACCUCCCCAAGCCCACCCCCAGCUUCUCACAAUGGUAGAACCAGGAUAUUGUCAAUGGAAAGGAUCUUGGAGGUCUUCUGGACACUUCUAAAUGUGGGAAAGGCUGGACUGUCCACGUGAAAACAAAGCCUACUACAUACACUGAGGCAUUUGUCAUCACCUCCUGGGCAGCUGCCUGAAUUAGAGCUGCAGGUCCCAGGAGGCGAGACUCUGCCCCAGAAGCAGGCUCAACAAAGCCCCUGCAAACACGAGGAAUAUACGCGUUACUUCCCUCCAGCUCAUCAGAGCUACUUGAGGGCAGGCACUGGGCAACCUGGCUUUGCCAUCACCCUCAGCAACCAGCUUUGAGGCUUCCUCAGCCAACAGGUGGUCACAGAAGCCCCCCAGCUGCUGGGUCAGUUGCCAGGACUUUGAGAUGUCGACAGAGAAAGAUAAAGACCAGGAAACCGUUUCUAACACAGUUGGCCCAGAGCAGAGAGUAAAUGCCAGGAACGGCCUGGAAGAGGCUAUAAAACGAGAAUAAAACAGGAUGAUAAUUUAUGAUGUGCAGUAAAAAGAUCUGGGGAAGCUGAGCAGCCAGUGAGAUUUCAUUUCCCUCUGCUCGGUGGCUCUUCAACCAUGCUGAGCAGUUCCCUGCCCAUCCAGGCAGCCCCCACAUUUUGGAGAGCCAGCCCCCCGUCCCACAUGAAGGCAGCAAAGUAAGCCGCGGCUAUCUUCCAGGCCCCAUAGAGCCCUCACUAUAUGGAUUCUUCCCUGCAAGGGCAUAAGCCCCCCAAGCCCCCAGGGCCCCCCAAACCCUUAUAAUAAAAUCCAUUUCCAUUGUAGGCCACAUUACACGUGGUGAAGCACCUUCCCACCCAUUAUCUCAUUUGAUACUUACAGAAACUCUGUGAAGAGCCUCCUAUAGAGAUAUUAAGAGAGGGGCUCAAGGUCACACAGCUAGUCAGUGGCAAAUCCAAGACCUGGAUGCGAGACUAUCUAUUUCAAGAUCAAAGUCUUUCUCAAACCCAGCCCCAUUCCCCCUGCCUGGAGCCGAUGACUUUGAAAUUCAAGGUAGAAGUGAAGGCUGGUCCCCAUUUCCAACCUACCCUCCAUCCAGAAAAGCCCCAGAGGCUGGGGCCCAGGCCCAGGCCAGAGGGCACCUGCUUUAACUGGCCCUUUGAGCCCCAAGGUGGAGUGGGGCAGUCCCAAAGGGAGGCCGGCAAAUCUCAUGUCAGGUACACCAGGCCUCACCCCAACCCCUUGACUGGGGCCACAUGCUGGUCACUGAGUUUGUGGAGCCCGUGGGCUGCCCCUGCUCUGGGGUUUAGUGGGCUCUCCACCGGGGCUUGCCAGGUAUCCCAAGGGGCUAAGACAACCCCUUCCCCAUUUACUGCCGGGCGUGAAGUGAUCGGUCUGCUGCAUGGAGAACACCUCUUGUCCUGUGCAGGGCGGUGGUGUGCCCCCUACCGCUCCCAAUCUACAACGUUCAAAGGCAAAGGCAGGCAGCAGCCAGUGAGAAUGUCCUGCCACAUCCUUCCAAGGGGGUUUGGAAGGUGUCUGAAUGUGGGGGAGGGGGGAGGUGCCUGGAAGGAGCGAGAGCCCUGGACAUUGCUCGCAUUCCAAGGAUUCUUUCCUUGGGGUGACUUGGGGACCCUUUCCAGCUUGAUAGAGGGGAAGGGGAAGAGUACAAGAGGGCCAGAGAUGUUAGAACUCUGGGGCUGGAGCCUGCUGCUGGUUCUACCGCUAAACCACCGUGUAGCCUCAGACAAUUCGCCUCCCCGAAACUCACUUGCCUCUCCUUACCCAUCUCAAAGCGCCCUUGGAAAGCUCCAAUCUCAGAGGCUGGAUAUGACAGGCCUUUAUAAAUCUCCAAGGUCCUUGAAUUGUAGGGUGCUGUAUCUAUUGUUGGCCGAGCAAAGAGGUCACCAACAGGCAACGCUCUCGAGGCCAUUUCUGGCCUGUCCCCAGGCCUGUUGGUGCCACCGUAUCCCUGCCACAUCAGGGGCCUAACCGCUCUCCCCCUAGGCACUCCUAAAAUGAGGGAAAGCAAUGAACUCCGUCAUAUCAGGCCAAGGUGGAGAAUCUGAGGGUCACGGAUCCCAGAAUAUCCCCCCCCAAGAUGAUCACACUCCCCACAUGCAUCUUUUCUUUUUACUCCUCCUUCUUCCCGUGAUCCCACAGGGGAAGGCACAGCCCUGCACUCACUCCACCCUGCUGAUCUACCUCAAGCUCACUGUCCCGAUCUCCACUCACUCUCAAGAACCGCUGUCUGCCCCGGCACCCGGCAUCCUGCUGUCUCUGCUUGAGGUUGCACAGCCCAGCAGCUGGCCGGAGGCCCAUCCCCGAGUUCUUCAAGACCGUCUGGUUACCAGGCAUGGCAGCAACUGCCCUGAGUCUCUCUCCAUUGGCGUAAUUUUCUGAUCCACCUCAAGAACCCCAAUUCUUCUACCUGACUUGUCGCCUCUGUUUAGUUCAGUGAACCCCUUGGGUCAGUUGACGCUUAAAAGGACAAGUCUUGGUCAACUCAGAGCACAGAAUCUCAAAAGUGACUUUUCAGGGGUGUGGAUGCCACCACCAGGGGCUCGAGCGCUAAUUUCCCCUUGCUCUCCAGGCACCCAGGUCCUCUCCUGCUGAACUCUUAGGUGUCUGACCUCCCCCCCAACCACUAGGCCCCCAAGCUCCUGCUCUUUUUCUUUCUCUCUGUGACCUCCCCUUCCCCCCACAAAACUUCAAUUCCUACUGUGGGUUCGCAUAGGCUACAUAACAGGUACAAAGGAAUUGAGUUUUAAAGUAAUUUAUUUGAGGUCUCUGGGCACCGCAAGGACUUCCGGAGGGAUAAAAAAACAUAAAAAAUGUGGUGGCCCCUUUGGCAAAGCUCCACCGUGUGUAACAAACCCUGAGGAUGCUCACUGGCCUGCCAGCUUUCUCCUCCUUCCUUUGCAAAAAACACGAUCAAAGGAUCCCUGAUGGAGAACCCACCCAAACCCACUGAAGUCACACCUCUGCAGAGGCACCAUGUCAUAAGAAACCCCUAAACUGUUUCUCGUUGGUCUGGGUAUAUUUCUCCAAACUCUCCAAGGGAAAAGGACAGAGGUUUCUGUGACCAAACCCCGAAGUGAGCACCCUGGGGUUUCCUGCCAGUCUGGUGAUUUGGCAUUCUGACAAGCUGUCCCUUCCUUUCCCUCCCCCUCGAGUUCUACAAACAAGACCACCCAGGGUCAUCCAGAUGCUCCCCCCGCCAGCCGUGGGCACCAGGCUGAUCCCCUUCCAGAACAGAUGCCUUUCGAGAGCUACUGGCCUCCCUUCGGGGCGUCCGUGCCCUGCUCGCAUCCAAGGGGUUCCAACAUCUGCUCCUUCACUGUCACUGGUGGACUGCGGCCUGGCUUGCUUGCUCCAAGUUAGCCGAGGCGGUUCCUCAGGGGUUGCUUGUGGCUCAGGGUCACAGUGUGCUGGGUUCAGGGGGCCCCCGAUCCCAGUCCCCGUCCUCAUGGAGCUUACAAUCUGGUGAGGGACACAAGACACAAAGACAGCCCCAAGAAGGGAAAUCACGCGGGAUGCACCUGUAAGGGCCAGGUGCAAAGCCUUCCUGCCGGGAUCUAGCCCAGCAGGCCGUCGCUCUACAAACCCUUCCCCCCCAGACCUAGAUAGAGACAAACUUCAGUCUAGCCCGGAUCUGGGUUGUGGUGGGUUCCUAAUUAGUGGGGCCUGAAUUAAUGAGUCUUCCUUUUUUCGUUGACAAUGCAGGGAAGACGCUUGCUGGAUGGAGCUGUUCCCCAGACAGGCCUGUCUGGCUCUUUUCCUUCCAGAGCCUACUUAGCCCCCUGCCCCUGCUUCUCUCAACCUCCCUCUGUUUGUGUUCAGCUUGACGUUUCUAUUGACGUAUUGAUCUCCGCUAGGCGAGGAGCGUUUCUGCUGAACACGCUCACUGCUCAUUCUGGGGGCCGGAGGGCAGAGCUGACCUCAGCUCUUCAAGUGCCGGGGCUCGAGGGGCAGGCCCGAUGGGGGUGCCGUGGACAGGGGCCUCUAGUCUGGGACGGGGAGGAGCCUCUCUGGCAUCGGGAUGGAGAUCUUGAUGGGAAGCGGGGAGACAGUUGUUUGGAGGGACAGAGGCGGGCAAAGCUGCGGCCGCCCUCGGGGGAACGGAGACACCAGGUGGCACAGAGACGCAGAUCGACCUUGGAGUCUUUCCAUCCAGUUCCAGAACUGAGUGAAUACGUGUCCCCAUCUGCAAAGGGAGGCUUUUUUCUCCUCGCUCUUUAUGCGUACUUAAGAGGAGGCUUCAAAUAAUAUAGGGUUGUCCUUUAAAACCUGUAACAAAGCACGCCAAAGGACUAACUAAGUAAGUGUAAGCUAUGGUUCCUCGUCACCGCCACCCAAGGACCUAUGAGGUAGCCAGCUAGCCAAGCAGGGUCUUGAGAGUAUGGUCCUCUCUCUGACAUCUGGCCAGGAAGUAGCCACAGGUUCACAAAGUGGGUCCUUCAGGGGUCCAGGCGAGGCGCGUUUGUCUUUUGUAGUUCAAAGAGGCGUUCCAUAAAUGUUCUCCCUCGCUGUCCUCUCCAAACUGCCAGGGCUCCAUCCCAUCAUCCGUGUCGUGGAAUUUGGAGUCACCCUGGCAGAUCUCUGGUUUCUGCACGUACCCCACACCAAAGGCAACAUUCAGGCUGGAGAGGGAGACGGAGCAUGAGCGGGGGAAGAGCAGAGAGAGAGGGAGACACAGAAUCCGAAGCAGGCUCCAGGCUCUGAGCUGUCAGCACAGAGCCCGACACAGGGCUCGAACUCACAAACUGUGAGAUCAUGACCUGAGUCAAAGUCGGACGCUCAACCGACUGAGCCACCCAGGUGCCCCCGGGAACCCAUUCUUAUAUUUCAGAUAAACUCCGUGAAGAAUCACUUCGUCAGAAUUACCCACAGAAUGACCCACUCAGCCCCCUGAGUGGGCAGGGUCGGAAAGAAAUCUGAGUGUAUCUACACUAUAUCCCUGUCAUAGCCCUGCACGCAGCCAUCCCCGAGAGCCAGGUGCAAGCCUAGAUGCUUCUGGUCACCCUCUGCUUCCUGGUGGCCUCCACCCCUGGUCUUGUAGAAUGAGCUGGGCUUUUUCCACACACUGGCACCCAUCAGGCACAUAGUUACCCACUGUACCCCUUGCCCCUUCUCCAUGUGAAAUGUCCUCAGGGUAACCUGAUGCAGCCACUUGGGAAGGAGGCCUCCCCAUGUGGCACUGUUGAGGCCCCCAACAACCGGGUGUUCAUUUUCUCUGAACGCUUAGCUCCCAGUGGGGUUUAGUGUGAAGUGGCUCAAGAACCCAAGGGCAGCGCAUCUGAUCAGCAAAGGGACAGGAAAGCCAGCCAUCCCAUUCUUCACCCACCACCUGCCCCACCCUGACACUCAGGCCCCUCACCCAUGCACCCCAGCCUCUCCUUCCCAGGCCUGGCCCAGCGACCUAUCUGGGCCCUCUCGCGCCCCGACCCACAGCACACCCCCACCUGCAAGAGAAGCCUUUAUUGGACAUGAACGAUGCCACCACUGAAGCGACGAGGACUAAGACUUCUGCAGAGGACAGACCUGUC